AGCUCAUACUCCGAUGAUACAUUAUCUUUUUUAUAAAAAAAUCACGUUUUUUAAUAACAGCUUUGUUAUUAUGAAAGUGAUUACAGAGUUUGUGUCCAACAAAACUAAUAAGAUUACAAUUAAUUAAAUGUUUCCAAUUUUAUGUCUGCAAAAACUUGCCUAUUCUUAAUGAUUGCAAUAGAUUUUGAUAAUCUUAAUAUAUGCAUCUUAUUAAAUGAGAAAAAUUUUAGAAAUAUUUAUUCUAUUUUAAAAUUCUUAUUUAUGAAUGAAUAAAAAACGUAACAUAUGUUUUAACUCACAUUAAAGCUCCAGUUACCGAUACUUGACUUGACUCAGCUUCCAAAAAUUUGACUUGGAAAACUUAGAUGCAGUUAUACUAAACACAGCGCGUAGAAAUCAGCUGUUUUUGAAUGUUGAGAGAGCACACAAAUGUGACAUUUUAAUUGAUUUGUGAAGUUUGUGAAAAUUUAAUAAAUAAUAAAACAAAUUGUUUUGCCGAAUACCUUAAUAAUAAUAAUAAAUUUUAAUAAUGGAUAGUGAUUUAUUCCAAGAACUUGUUUAUUUAAAUAUUCUUCGCCUUCAAAGAAGAAAAGUUUUGAGACGACGUAAACGCCGCUGGUCCGUUCAUCCAGCUAAUCGGGAUAGAAACCCAAAUGGUUUCUUCUGGAAGAACUUUUUAAAAUUAAAAUAAGACGACCAAAAACUAUUUCUUUUAACACGGAUGAAUCGGACAGUGUACAAUAUUCUUUUAAAUAUAAUUAGUCCGUUUUUAAAAAAACCAAAACAACAAGUUGGCGUCGAGGAGCGAGUGGUUAUAACAUUAAUGUACCUCGCUUAUGGAACACCUUUUGAGGUCAUAGCCUCGAUGCAUAAGUUAGGCAAAACAACAGUGCGGAAUAUCGUACUUGAAACGUGUGAAAUACUUUGGUUACAUCUGUCCCCGAUAUACCUUAGCGAGCCAAGUACCGCACAAUAUAAAGGUAUUGCUGCAGAUUUUUUAAAACUGUGGAAUAUACCCAACUGUGUCGGAGCAAUUGACGGGAAGCAUAUAGCUAUUGUUCGUCCACAAAAUUCAGGCUCGUUAUUUUAUAACUAUAAAAAGUUUUAUAGUAUAGCUUUAAUGGCAUCCUGCGACGCUAGGUAUACGUUUACCUCUGCCAGCAUUGGUAGCUAUGGAGGACAAAGUGACGGAGGUGUCUUUCAGCAAUCUAAAUUUGGUAAAGCGCUCUUGGAAAACAAAUUGCCACUACCACCAAGAGCUCCAUUAUUAAAUGAAUCCUCAACAGAUUUUCCACAUUUUUUUGUGGCCGACGCAGCGUUUCCGUUGAUGGAAAACUUAAUGCGACCUUACCCCGGUGCACAGCUGCCACGAAACAAAGCAAUUUUCAAUUACCGGUUAUCGCGAGCUCGUAGAGUAAUCGAAAAUAGCUUUGGUAUUUUAACCGCUCGAUGGCGUGUUCUACGAAAGGUCAUAGACUUUAGCGCAAAGAACUGCGAAACAAUUGUGUUAACCUGCUUGGUUCUUCACAAUUUUGUAAUGUUGAAUGACCAUGAUCGUUGGUAUUGUCCAGAUACAUUUGUAGACACAGACACCGCAGACCAUGGAAUAUUGGAGGGAGAAUGGCGUGAAGAUUUAGAGAGUGUUGGAGGUGCAUUACAUUCAAUAAGUUCAACUCGACGCAAUGCAUCUUGUAUCGCAUUCCGUGUAAGGGAUUUUUUGGCAGAAUAUUUUAUUAACCAGGGAGCAGUUUCAUUUCAAGAAGAUCGUAUUUAGUGUAUAUUUAUUUUAUUUAUAUCGUAUUUAAUGUGUAAAAUUGUAAUCCAAGUAUGAAGUACUAUACUUUUUGUUACGUUAACUUUUUUAUGAUAUUUUAUUAAACCAUAUGUUUACAUGACUUAGUAACAUAUUUUUCCGCGCUUUGUAUGUGUGUGGUGAAUCUUAGUAACCCUCAUUAAUUUUAUUAAACUUGUAACAAACCAAUUGUAUUUCAUCAAAGAGAAUUUCCAUUUAAUAAUAAGAAUUUCCAUUUAGUAAACGUUUUACAAAUAUCGUGUGUUUGCCCCUUUCACAUACUGGUUAUAAUUCCGCACGUGAGUAUACCUGUGUCAUACGUAUACACCAUAGAUAUAUCUAUAAAUAUUGUUUUAUUUACUGAAAAAGAUGGUAAUUAUCUGUAUUAGGAAGAUUACACAGGCAUAUGGCAAAUGAAUUCUGUAUAGUAAAGUUUAUUACGAAAAUAUAUGUAUAUAUUUUAUUUACCGACAAAAUCAUAAUUAUGACGGUAUGUAAUUAGUAAAUAAGACAUAGGCUGUAUAAUCAAAUAAAUGUACAUACAAAAUAGGAUAAUUUUUCCCUAUCAAAACGCCAUGAUUCUUUAAAAAAAUUGG